AUGUCGGAUCUCGAGGGGUCGGAAGCUGCGCGACUCUUUGUCGAAUAUGCAGAAGAAAACAAGUGCAAUAAUACCGAACUGCUACGGAGGCUGGAAAACGCAACGAAGCGCGAUCCAAGUAUCGAAUUGACGGGCGACACCAAGAAAGAUUUGCUGCCCACCAGGGAGAAGCUAGAGCGAGUCUUGGGCCCCAACGAUACAGUACUCAGUUUGCUUUGUUGCACUUGUAAGCUCUGUCAGCGCGGCAGCGGCUUCCGAGAAUUGGCCCGCAACACGAGGAUUCUAGAGGACGCAAAGAAGCGCAAGGAACUCGCCGUCCUCAUUCUUUCUGGCUGUUUAUUUGCCUUGGGCGAUCUUUGCACGCAAGCCGAUUUCAAGGUGGUCAGAUUCGCGGCACAAUCCAUUGCGCCGUGGUCUCAGCAGCCAACCGACUCGUCGUGCUUCUCACGCAUCGCACCCAUCCCCAGCCAAUGUCCACACACCUUUUUCGAUAAGGAGGACUUUUCGUUUCCCAGAAUUCGGGAUCUUUGUCUCGCUUGCCGAAAACGUGUCUUUCAGAGCGCCGCCUUGGAAAAGUCCAACAUCUUGAACAUUCCGAGACUUCAACGAUCAUCUGCUCCUGUGAUUUUCGAUCAUAGCACUCAAAAUCUGCCCUUCAUCUUCGAGUGCCCUCAGACAAGGCUCAAUACGCGCCUUACUCCGCAAUUCUAUACUUCGCAGAUUGAACCAUCUUGCUGUGAAGACGAGCAGCUAAGGGACCAAGUUCUCUUUCGCAAAGUAUUCAAAUAUCAACAUGAAAGAUCUGAUCUCAUUUCUGAAGCCGCAAAGGAGGCUCUCAUUGCCAUGCACCUUGCUCGACGUGAUAACGAGAGUUUUGUCGAGGUACUAUUUGCUCUGACAUACAAGGAUCGUUUCUACACCUAUGUGGAAAUUGUAUUCCCCUUCUACGAUCGCGAUCUCGGACAUGAAUUCGAGCUGCGAAAACUGGGAUCGCAUCUUUCGACACCGGGCUGCUUGCUGGACAAUCCCUUGUGGAAGGCGAGUCUAGAUGUUGUACGAGCGGUCUGCAUCAUGCACGACGCAAUCGACAAGAUGGAGGUCGAGUGCUCCGGUCAUUUUGAUAUCAAACCCGAGAACAUUGUCAUCAAGGAAGACAAGAACGGGGUCAUGAAGUUGUUCCUGAUUGACUUUGGUCAAGCAGCAGCGCAUAGAGCCGGGACGAAUUUAUAUCAACCCCCAGAAGUCACCAGACCACGAAGUAACACAAAUCCCUUUACUUUUGCUUACGAUGUGUGGUCCAUGGCUUGCGUAUUGCUGGAAGUUCUCGUCUUUAUAGAGUUUGGACUGUCCGAACUUCGAUUGUUCCGGUCCAGAGUCAGAGGUAACGACGAAGACGAAUAUGCAUUCUGGCAGGGAACCUCGCCACACGAUAUGGUACUUCGCCCGGCAGUCACUGGUCGCCUUCAAACCUUGGAGGACCAAGGGGACCAACGGACCCGGGCCGCCAUUCGACAGCUCCGCGCCAUGCUGAGCAUAUUUCCCGACCAACGACCCACUAUGAGAUCCUGCUUAGGAGAGUUUCAAAGAAUAAAUCUGAAUCGACAAGACCUAGGUCUUCCCACUCAAGACUGGAUGAACUGUGGUCUCGAGCGAUGGAAGACCUCUUACAGCACAUCACGCAUGGCGCGGCCGAAUCCCGGGAAUAUAUACUUCUUCAGAGAUAAGCCAGGCCAGAUUCAAGCUGAUGAGCGAAUUACACUUGACAUUGAGUCAGUCAUAAAAGAAACCAAGGCUGUGAAAACAGUGACAUUCAUUCCUCAUGCUUUUUUCAACCCAUCUACUAAUCCAGGGCAUACCUUUGCUUGUCACUUUGACAACCUACACGAGGGCUUUACGUUUCAUUUUAGCUCCCUUGACAAGUUCCUUGAAUUCAUGAGCUUGUUGACAUAUCAGAGAAUCGUGCCAGAUAUUUCCGAGGACCCCAACGCUACUGGCACACGGUUCAAGCUUAACACUUGUCAGGUCAAGAUUUACGGAUGGCCCUCGGACCAAACCAGAAAGUUCAAAGGCGGCACGGUGCAGAUAUGGAGGCAGCUGUCGCAGAGUAGCUACGAUCGCUAUCACAAGCGAUCAGAGAGCCUAUCUUCAACGAGUAGUACGACGGGAAGCGGGACCGGAUCGUCGGAGGGAGCGGGGAGUGGUGCUAGCACUACUGGCGUGAAUGGUGUCAGGCAUUCGACAAAUGCCUGGAAGCUAGCUAUAUGGACACACGACGCCAAGACAGAAGAGCGCACAUGUGUUGUGGUAGAUAUCGGUGCCAAGACAUGGAGACUUGAGGAUCCCACUGGGCAGCGUGUGCCUCAAAGGCUCAAGAUUAAACCACACUAUGGCCAUGCCGACUUUCGAGGUGCCAUCUUUACACCGUCAACUGCACGACAGAAUGGAAACGGGCCAGAUGAUCGAUACCCUGGAUUUCCAAUUGGGCCGAUCGACUUGCAAACAAAGAUGAGGAGCCGCUUGACUGAAGUCACCAUUGACUUUUUGGAUAAUACUCAUCGCUCACAAAUUUUACACAUUUUCCGGAACAAUAAAUUCAACUUGCCCGGGUGA